CAUUCGAGCGCUCACUGGUGCCUGAGCCAAACCCGGAGCUGCUGGGGGAGAAGGGGUCUGCAGGCACAGCUGGGCAGUGCCCAGUCCCGAUUGUGCCUGCUCUGCUGCACCAGCCUGAGCCCAGGAAAGCCUUGAAGCACACCCAGUUCGAAACUUCCCCAUUUUCCCUCCCACACUGGGGUCCUGCUCAUUCCAGGAGGUGCCGCGGGCACCGCAGGAGCCGCUACAGGGCUGGGCAAGGCUGCACCCACUGCUGCCUCCAACCCUGCCAUUCUUCAGUUCAGAUCGAUUUGCCACCCACCCUGAACAUCUCCAGAGGGCUCCCAGGUGUGUACACAGCUGUCCAGAUGCACCUGCACUGGGGUGGGCUGGACCUGGAGACCAGUGGCUCGGAGCACACCAUCGACGGGAUGCGCUACUUCGCCGAGCUGCACAUUGUCCACUACAACUCUGAGAACUACUCCAGCUUUGAGGAAGCCAAAGACAAGCCCCAGGGGCUGGCUGUGCUGGCCUUCCUGUACACGGUACGUGUGACCCAGGCUGUGCUGGCUGUGCUGGCCUUCCUGUACAUGGUGUGUGUUACCCAGGCUGUGCUGCCUGUGCUGGCUGUGCUGGCUGUGCUGGCCUUCCUGUACACG